AUGUAUCUUCCGAAUUCAAAAUGGACGUGGUUGUUUGUUGUGACUUCUGUGGUCCAAGCAGCUAUCAUUCUCGGCCUUGAGUCCUAUGUAUUUGCUACUUUUCAAAUUAACCAUGCCCACUUCGACAACUCAGCCAGUUCUUCAAGAACCCUUCCGACGUUUCUAUCGCUGUACCUUUUCGGUUUCAUCUACGAAUUAGUCUUGGUCUACGAUGCUUUGCGUCUCAAAAACACAAUUCAGAUCAUCGGAAUCUGUCUUUGCAACAUCGGACUGCUCAUCUAUGGUGCUUUGCAGAUAGAACAGGUAUCCUUGGAUGAGGGCCUCUUCCAUCAAACCAGACCGGUCUUGAUCGCGAUUCCUGUAAUAAUCACAAUCGGCUCGAUGAUUUUGGCAUUCUUAGCCUGGAAGUUGUAUGACGAAUUCGCUUGGACAAUUUAUAAACACAUCAGUGCCGAUUUGCGAAUGAAGCGGCGGUAUUUGACUUAUCAGAUCUACAUCGCCUUGUUGAAGUUUGAUUUUUUCUUCUUCUUGGGUUUCACCGUCCAAUUCGUCGUUAUCGUAACCGGGAAAACCGAUGUCGAGUUUGGUUUGACUCUGGCUGCUAUUCCGGUGACGAUUUUGAUUUUAUUCCUUGCCGCAGUCUUCACGAGACGGGAGAACACGCUCGGCAUGUGCGCUGUUAUUACACUUUAUGUCGGUGGUCUGGCCUACUUCCUUUUCAAGCUUGUACGCAUGUACCAACCAUCUCGAUACCUUGAGUAUAUUGCUGCUCGACGAUCAUUGACCUUCUUCGCCAUUAUUACCAUCCUUUUGAUCAUUGCAACCAUCGUGAACGCCAUCGUCUGCACAGCCAAUUUCCACAAAGGACUUAAACCACAUGUUAUGACGACACGUAAAUCUGACGACGAUGAAAAGGCCACGGAAUUGGGCACCAGAAUGCCCGGAGAGAGCGUCCCUAGCCGCAUGAUGAUUGAUUGA